GGGUAAUUGUGAUAUAUUAUAUGUUUAUAACUUGAACUAAAUGAAUUUGCUAUUAAUAAACUUUUUGUUAAUGAUAAAUUAUUAAAGAACUUAACUAAUAUAAUUAUUGAUGAGAUUAAACAUCUUUGAAGUAAAGAACUAUUUUGAAAGCGGAGUAGGAUUUAGCAAAGCAAGCACAGAAAAAACACCGAAUCAGGAAGGAUAACACCGAAUCAGGAAGGAUGACGGUGAGUGGUAGCGUUUUCCGAUUGGGAAGACGAUUACGAUUAAUAGGACUCUUCAAAUCCCUCACACCAAACACUAAUUCUACAAUUUGUCCUCACUACCUGCACGCAACGUCGUCGUUUCUCCCUCCCAACCACAAUGUUUUCUCUUCCUAUGCCUCUCCAUUUUCCAUCGGACAAAAGAGGAGUAUGUUUAUCCAAACGCAGGCCACUCCAAAUCCAGGGUCUCUUAUGUUUCAUCCCGGUAAACCUGUCAUGGAUGUUGGAAGCGCCGAUUUCCCUAACCCUCGUUCCGCUAUGAAUUCUCCCCUCGCUAAAUCCCUCUUCGCUAUUGACGGAAUUACUCGUGUUUUCUUUGGAUCGGAUUUUGUUACUGUUACCAAAUCGGAAGAUGCUUCGUGGGAAUUCCUUAAGCCUGAAAUCUUUGCCGCCAUUAUGGAUUUCUACUCUUCCGGGGAACCGCGCUUUCUAGACUCUCAAGCUGUCGCCUCCAUGGACACAGCGAUUCGUGAUGAUGAUUCUGAAAUAGUUGCAAUGAUCAAGGAAUUGUUAGAGACUCGUAUUCGACCAGCUGUACAAGAUGAUGGUGGGGACAUUGUAUAUUGUGGUUUUGAUCCAGAUACGGGGAUAGUCAAACUUAAAAUGCAAGGAGCGUGUAGUGGCUGCCCAAGUUCUUCGGUGACUCUGAAAUCGGGCAUUGAGAAUAUGCUGAUGCAUUAUGUACCUGAGGUCAAAGGUGUGGAACAAGAAUUGGAUGCCGAGGAUGAGGAAGCAGCAUUAAGUGGACAAGUGGAGUAGUUGAUCUCUUUUUUUUUAUAUUUGUGGUCUGCAUUUAAUAUCCUUUCAACUCAACAGAGGCUUCAAAGUACAACAGCAGUACAUAAUGGAUACACAAAUGAGUGUAUACAAAAAAUAAAUUAAAUAAGUCAUGAAUUGGAUAGAUUGCAGUAUGACGUGAAAUGUUUGUUCUGAGCUAAUUAGAUCUCACUUGAUAUAGUAUAAAGGUAGUUUAUAACUGAACAUCGAUUGCAGAAAGGUGGCAUACUGUACCCUCUAUGAACCUGCAUUGCUAUGAUUCUUGGUCUUUCCUUCUGAAUCAAGAUUCCUGGAAAAGUACAAGGCAUCAUUUGCCUAUUGGAUAUGUAUUGAGGGGACACACUUGUAUUGAUACAUGAUUUUGUAACUUUUGCAUGUUAAGGAGAACAGGAAAAAAGGCAUGGAUCAUUGUUGUUUUAUAGUUUACCAUUGGUAUUCUAUUGUUGGUUCACAUAUACUCCAAGCUACAUAAAAUUGUGGUAUUGAUUUCAUAAUAGCUGAAAGGCCUUCUCAUGCAA